AUGGAGACCAAUCUCUUGAGAUCUUCAAGUAUGAGCUCACCUAGCAAAGAUGAAUUUGUUAUUUCGUCAUUGUUAGACACGGACCUUUACAAGCUCUUUAUGCACGCAGCUGUCCACAAGCAUUUUCCUCAAACUCCUGUCAAGUAUAAAUAUACCAACAGAACACCCCAUUUGAAACUUAGUUCUGCCGCUGUGGAAUGGUUAAGGGCCCAAAUCCACCAUUUAGGGGAUAUUAAAUUUUCUGAUGAAGAGAUAGGGUAUUUAAAGAAAGCAUUGCCUCAGCUACCGACCGCCUAUUUGGAGUAUUUGAGGUCAUUUAAACUUGAUCCGGAUUCUCAAAUCAAGUAUUUCAAUACUGAGGGUGAUUUUGGGUUAGAAAUCGUGGGAAGUUGGAGUGACACAAUUUUGUACGAGAUCCCAAUUUUGGCUUUAAUUUCCGAGGCCUAUUUCAAGUUUGUUGAUACUGAUUGGAACUAUGAUCACCAAGCUGAACUUGCCACUCGCAAAGUGGAGCAGCUUCAUGCAGCAGGAUGUUAUUUUAGUGAGUUUGGGACAAGAAGGAGACGAUCUUUCCAUGCCCAAGAGAUAGUGAUCAAAUCGAUUAAAGAUACCGCUGAGCGAUUGAACUCAAAAUUUGUUAGUGGAACUUCCAACGUGUAUUUUGCCAAAAAGUAUAAUCUCCAUCCAAUUGGGACAGUUGCUCACGAGUGGUACAUGGGUAUUGCAUCUAUCACUCAGGACUAUGUACAUGCUAACAAGUUGUCUAUGGAUUAUUGGGUAGACACAUUCACUCCAAAAUAUGCUGGACUCGCAUUGACGGACACCUUUGGAACGGACAACUACCUCACCGUUUUCACCAAGCCUUACAUUGACGAUUACGCUGGUGUGAGGCAAGAUUCUGGUGACCCUGAAUUAUACACCGAUAAAAUCGCUAAACAUUACGUGGACAAGGGGAUUGAUCCUCACACUAAAACAAUCUGUUUCAGUGACUCGUUAAACGUGGAAAAAUGCGUGAGAUAUAAACACAGGGCCGACAAAAACGGUUUGCGAAGUACUUUUGGAAUUGGCACCUUUUUCACGAAUGACUUUGUUAAUGUCUCUAGUGGUGAGAAGUCGCAGCCUUUGAAUAUAGUCAUCAAAUUGAGUGAGUCAAAUGGUUAUCCAGCGAUCAAGAUCAGUGAUAAUAUCGGAAAGAAUAUGGGUGAUCCCGAGACAGUGAAGAGAGUAAAAAGAGAAUUGGGUUACAGCGAGAGACAAUGGGAAGAAGGAGAUGAGGCUCAUAGAUGGUAG